UCGAAGGAUACGCACGGCUCUGGCGGACGACGGAAGUUGGAUUGAAAAUGCAUCGGGACUGAGUGCGAAAGUGAGUGCGCGUGUGGUGAAUUUCCGCCAAAAGAGAGUCCGGAAGAGAGCCGAGAAGCUUCCCUACUUGGCCAGUAAGAGCCACUCUCCUAACUUGGCCUAAAGUUCGUUUCGGCGGCGCGCAGUCAAGUCGAGUCCUUGCUGGCAAUCGGUUGUCCUGGCGGGAGUGCUUUUUUUCGUGUAGCACAGUGUGCCGGCACCGGGCCAUGCAGUCCCCCAAGAAAUAACAUCAAAUCAUCAAAUCAACAAAUCACCAAAGUGAAAACAAAAUCUUAAAGAUACAAAUGUGCCAAAGAAUGAGAGAAGAGUCAAGUGUCUGAAAUGUAAAACCGCUCAAAAGUGAAAGCCAAAAUCAAAAUUGUACAAGUCACUGCCCCAAGGAAAUUCCGGAAAAUCCUGAAAAAGAAAGCUCAGCUUAGCAAACAACCAAUCCAAUUAAUAUCUAAUAUCGAAAUUUAAAUUCAAAUCAGAAUCAAAACAGAAGCCGGAAAACAUGUGGAUUAGUAGCCGCUUUUUUGUGAUUUUCCUGCUGCUCCAUCUCGAUACCACCUGCAGUGAACCGUUUGAAGCCCACCUGCGCGGACCCGGAUUUGUGAUGGAGCCGCCCGGGCGUGUGGAGUUCUCGAACUCCUCGGGCGGCUGGCUGGACUGCUCGGCCUCCGGAAGUCCGCAGCCGACGGUCGACUGGGUGCACGCGGACGGUUCGGCGGUGACCGAGAUCCAUGGGGUGCGACGGGUCCUGCGGAACGGCACCCUCGUCCUGAUGCCCUUCGCUGCGGCCGCCUACCAUCAGGAUGUGCACAACACGAUCUAUCGCUGCAUUGCCAGCAAUUCGGUGGGUCGCAUCGUCUCGCGGGACGUGCAAGUGAGGGCGGUCGUGGCCCAGGCCUACAAAGUGGACGUGGAGGUGCUAUCUGCGUCGCGGGGCUGCACCGCCAUCCUGCGCUGCGUGGUGCCCACGUUCGUCAAGGAAUUGGUACGAGUGGUCUCGUGGGUUCAUGAACCCGCUAUCUACAUCUAUCCCUCGUUGCAAGGCGAUGGAAAAUUCCACUUGCUUCCCACUGGCGAGCUGCUCAUCCACAAUCUGCAGGAGAGCGAUGAGUCGCAGUCCUUCCGCUGCCGCAGCAUGCACCGCCUGACCCGCCAGGUGGUCGUCAGCUCGCCCACCCGACUGCGUAUUAAUUCGCAUCGCGGCAUCAUUUCGCCGAGCGUGGUGGAGCACACGGCCCAUGUGCAGGUUUCGCAGGACGAGGGCGCGGUGCUCCUGUGCGUCGCCCAGGGCUGUCCUUCGCCCGAAUACAGCUGGUUCACCCACAAUGGAGCUGGACCCCUGCCCGUCCUGAGUGGUCCUCGUGUCCGUUUGCUCGGCCCCAUCCUGGCCAUCGAGGCGGUGACUGGCGAGGAUUCCGGAGUCUACAAGUGCACGGCCGGCAAUGUGGGCGGCGAGGCUAGUGCCGAGCUCCGCCUGACGGUGGCCACGCCCAUCCAAGUGGAAAUCUCUCCGAAUGUCCUCAGCGUUCACAUGGGCGGCACGGCGGAGUUCCGCUGCCUGGUCACGAGCAACGGCAGUCCGGUGGGCAUGCAGAACAUCCUGUGGUACAAGGACGGCCGCCAGCUUCCCUCCUCGGGCCGCGUGGAGGACACGUUGGUGGUGCCCCGAGUGAGUCGUGAGAACCGCGGCAUGUACCAGUGCGUGGUGCGCCGGCCCGAGGGCGAUACGUUCCAGGCCACCGCCGAGCUCCAGCUGGGAGAUGCGCCGCCCGUCCUCCUGUACAGCUUCAUCGAGCAGACCCUCCAGCCAGGACCAGCUGUGAGCCUCAAGUGCUCCGCUGCCGGCAAUCCUACGCCGCAAAUUUCAUGGACACUGGACGGAUUUCCGCUGCCAUCAAACGGAAGAUUUAUGAUCGGACAAUACAUCACCGUGCAUGGCGAUGUAAUUAGUCAUGUUAACAUAAGCCACGUCAUGGUCGAGGAUGGCGGCGAGUACGCCUGCAUCGCCGAGAAUCGGGCGGGACGAGUGCAGCAUGCGGCCCGCUUGAAUAUUUAUGGUCUUCCCUACAUUCGACUGAUUCCGAAGGUAACCGCCGUCUCCGGCGAGACAUUGAAUCUGAAGUGCCCGGUUGCGGGCUAUCCCAUCGAGGAGAUCCACUGGGAGCGGGGCGGACGGGAGCUGCCGGAUGAUAUACGACAGCGGGUUCAGCCGGACGGCUCGCUGACCAUCAGCCCGGUGCAGAAGAACUCGGACUCCGGGGUGUACACGUGCUGGGCGAGGAACAAACAGGGUCACAGCGCCCGGCGGAGCGGCGAGGUGACGGUCAUAGUGCCGCCGAAGCUCAGUCCCUUCCAAACGAACAUCCUGCAGCUGAACAUGGGCGAUCGGGCCUCGCUCACCUGCUCGGUGGUGAAGGGCGAUCUUCCCCUGACCAUCAACUGGCGCAAGGACGGCCGCCCCAUCGAUCCCACCCAGCAUAUGUCCGUGAAGCAGGUGGACCAGUACAACAGCAUUUUGGUCAUCGAGAACCUGGGCAGCGAUCACACCGGCAACUACUCCUGUGUGGUACGCAAUUCGGCCGCCGAGGUGGAGAACUCGCAGGCCCUGCUGGUCAAUGUGCCGCCACGCUGGAUUGUCGAGCCCGUGGACGCGAAUGUGGAGCGCAACCGCCACAUAAUGCUGCACUGCCAGGCGCAGGGUGUGCCCACACCCAGUAUAGUGUGGAAGAAGGCUACAGGCAGUAAAUCAGGCGAGUACGAGGAGGUUCGCGAGCGUCCCUUCACCAAACUCCUUGGAAACGGGUCCCUGCUGCUGCAACACGUUAAGGAGGAUCGCGAGGGCUUCUAUCUGUGUCAGGCCAACAAUGGCAUCGGCACCGGCAUCGGAAAGGUCAUCCAGCUGAAAGUGAACUCCUCGCCGUACUUCUCCUCGACUUCCCGCUCCGUAAUGGUGAAAAAGGGCGAUACGGCACUGCUCCAGUGCGCCGUUAGUGGGGACAAGCCGAUUAACAUUGUUUGGCUGCGCUCGGGCAAGAACACACUGAAUCCAUCAACCAAUUAUAAGAUCUCCGUUAAGCAAGAGGCCACCCCGGAUGGAGUAUCCGCCGAACUGCAAAUCCGCACGGUGGAUGCCACCGAUAGUGGUCCCUACUUCUGCCGGGCCAGCAAUCUCUAUGGAAACGAUCAGCAGCUAGUUCAACUGCAGGUCCAGGAGCCUCCUUUGCCACCCAGUGUCCUGGAGGCGGCGAUGAUCAGCAGCCGUUCGGUGAACAUCAAGUGGCAACCCAAGACCAUGGGCACCGGUGAUGUUACCAAGUACCUGGUAGAGUUCCGCGAGGCAGAUCGCUCUCUCCCACCAGCCUUGUUUGUGGAGCAGUGGCAGCAGAUCGAGGUCAAGGAUCCGCCGAUGUUCAAUGCCAUGAUCGAGAACCUCAAGCCGGCGACUCGUUACGCUUUUCGGGUGAUUGCCGAGGGUUCGGCGGGUCGAAGUGCACCCAGCCAGGAGCUGAUCGUUCGUACGGAGCCGCAGCGACCUGCGGGACCUCCACUAAGUCUCUCGGCCAGACCCUUGUCCUCCACAGAGCUGCUCAUCAGCUGGGUGGCUCCGUUGCCGGAACUGCGACAUGGUGACAUUCAGGGCUACAAUGUUGGCUACAAAUUGUCUAGCUCGGGAAAUACGGCCUAUAACUUCACAUCCGUUGCCGGGGAUUACGAUGGGGGUAAUGGAGAGCUACUGCUCAGCGGACUGGCUAAGUUCGCUAGAUAUAAUGUAGUGGUGCAGGCCUUUAAUCAGGUGGGACCAGGACCUCUUUCGGAACCCACAGGCGCUCAGACAAUGGAAGAUGUACCCAGUCGCCCUCCAGAGGAUGUUCGCUGUGCCGCCUUGUCUUCCCAAUCGCUCCAGGUGUCCUGGCAACCACCGCCAAUCUACCACACGAAUGGCCUGCUGCAGGGAUACAAGCUGGUCUUUGAGCCCAUCAUCGAUGACAUUCAGCCCAGCAAGGACGAGGUGGAGUCCAGGAAGACCACAGCUCUUACUAUGGUGUUGACAGGCCUUCGCAAGUAUACCAACUACAGCAUUCAGGUUUUGGCCCACACUCGAAUGGGUGAUGGAGUGGUAUCGAAGCCAUUGUUUUGCCACAGCGAAGAGGAUGUCCCAGAGGCUCCGGCGGACAUUAAAGUGGUCUCCAGCUCAUCGCAAUCCCUGUACAUCUCCUGGCUACCUCCAAACGAACCCAACGGAGUGAUCACCAAGUACAGUCUUUACACCCGUGUAGUGAACGGUCGCGAGGAGUUGAACAAUGAGAAGCGUAGUCUGCCCUCCCAGCAGGCUUACUAUGAGGCAAAGGGUCUGCAUCCCCAUAUGGAGUACCAGUUUUGGGUGACGGCCAGCACUCGAGUGGGCGAGGGUAAAAGCUCUCGGGUGUCCUCACAGAUUACAACAAAUCGUGUGCCUGCCAGGAUCAUAUCCUUCGGCGGUUCCGUGGUCAGACCCUGGCGGUCCACCGUAACUCUUCCCUGCACAGCGGUGGGUAAGCCCAAGAGGGAGUGGUUUAAAUCGGACGUGGCCCUGCGACAAGGUGGCAUGCACAACUCUCAGUUACUGGACAGCGGAGAUCUGAUCAUCUCCAGCCUGCAGCUGGCCGAUGGAGGCAACUACAGUUGCCAGGUGGACAAUGGCAUCGGCACCGAUCGAUUGACCCACACUUUGAUGGUCCAAGUGCCACCCACGGCGCCCGUUUUGUAUGUGACCAGUGCCACCUCGAGCAGCAUCUUGAUGCACUGGAAGUGCGGCUUCACGGGCAAUGCACCCAUCACCGGUUACACACUGUUCUACCGGAGGACCAAUGGCAACACGGACGAGAUGCAGUUGUCACGACAUGCCUCCAGUCAUGAGCUCAAGGGUCUGGUCUGUGGCAGCACGUACCAGAUCCACCUGAGUGCCCAGAACAAGGUGGGCACCUCGCCCACCAGCACCAUGCUGCACGUGCGCACUCAGGGUCAGUCACCUGGCCAUCCUGCCUCCACUGCCCUUUUGGCCCCUAACUCGACCUCGCUUUUGGUCCGGUUACACUCUUGGCCGGACAAUGGAUGUCCUCUGCUGUACUUUGUGCUGCAGUACAGGGCAGUGACCGAGGAUCCGGACGCUGAAUGGGUGCUGGUAUCUAAUGCCCUGAAGCCUCAGCGCCGCAUAGUGGUCAACAAUUUGACACCAUCGACCCUUUACCAACUUCGCAUGGAGGCACAUAACGUGGCUGGAAUCUCGCAGGCAGACUUCACAUUUGUGACCUUGACCAAGGACGGGGAUCCACCACCACCGGAAAUCGUGCAUCGUGGCCAUCGCGGUCAAACCACAGUGAUUUUCGCCAAUAUGAACCUGCUCAUCCCCAGCAUUGCGGCGGUCUCGGGAAUGUUCUGCACCAUCAUCAUGGUCAUCGUGUGCUACAGACACAUGCUUAAAAAUGCACAACCGCACGCAGAACAAGCCAAUCACAUUCAAAAGGAAUCAUUGGAGAAUAGAGCCAACUCAGAGGCUGCCCAGCGGGAACGCUAUUAUGCCACCAUUCACAAGGUGUCCAUGCAGAACAACGAUAAGAUUCCAGAAACCUCCGAGGACAUCUCGCCGUACGCCACCUUCCAGCUGUCGGAGGCUGGGGGCAACAUGUCGCAGCCGCACCACGGUGGCCCGGCCAACACGCUGCUCCACUCGUUCAUGUACCACGAGCGGGCCCUGGCCGAGGGCUGCUCGUCGCCACCACCAGCCGCGUCCAAGAACCGGAGGCGCCACUCACGGAAGACGGAGCCGGAGAGCGAGGAGUCGGAAUCGGACCAGGACCAACUCACCUCCAGUCGCACCGAGUCCUCCAAUCAGCACGAGGGCAAGAUCAAGCACAGCAUCAUCUACCAUGGAGCACAGUCGAGCACCUCCUCCGAUCUGUCACCAAUGUCCGAACAGAAAUCAUUGCCCCGCCGCGGUCGCUCCAGGUAUCAUCAUCAGCAAUAUCAGUUUUCCACCAAUACCACACCGCGCCACCACAACAGCAACAAAAUGAACAACAACACCACCAGCAACACGAACACCACAGCCACCAAUACGACAGCCACACCAUCGACAUCGAGCAAUUCGAACAAAAUUCUAUCGCCGCGCGGCGGAAAUCUGAAAUCCAUAUCGAGCACCUUCAAAUCGCAAGACUCCAUACAGUGCCACAUACCCACAUUGGUCAAGUCGCCAUCGAUCAGUACACAGCAGCAGAAACAGUUCCACAAACAGCAGUUGCAGAGUAGUAGUAAUGCCCAGCAUAGUAGCUCCUCGAAUCCGAACAGUAGUAGUUUGAAGCAACAGCAGCCCCUCCUGAUCACGCCCAAGCUCCACCAGCUGGAGGCCAGCAAUGGCCAGGAGCUGAUGGGGCUGGAUGGGAUCGGCAAUAACCAUAGCCCGUUGGUAGCCUGCAUGCCGCCCUCCUCACAGUUCCGCCCCAUCCCGCACAAGUCCAUAAUGCCCGCGCAUGAGCCACCGCACCACCACCAGAACCACCAGCAACCACAUCCCCAGCAGCAGCAGCAGCAUCCGGGCACGCUGCUCAACCCCUCGACGGCCAUGCUCUCCUCCAAGUUCUUCACAGCGCCCACGCUGCCCAAAUAGGAUACGGCCAAUGGGGGGAGUGAGUACGUUGGUGGUGCCAUGGAGGCCAUGGACGGUUUCGGCUACGACAGCGGCGAGAUCUCCUGCACCUACAUGGACCCAAUAGAUCAGACAUGAGACCUGGCCUACGGUGAGGUGUGUGGUCCCCCCGAGGGGGCCCGUUAAGGCCGCUUUUCGCGACAUGGUUGAUCAGAUGAGAUUCGAAAAUGCCCCAUAUUUGAGAAAUACUGACUAUCGGUCUCUCUCUUAAAGAUACAUUUCAAGGUAAUAUUUAUUAUAAAUUAUAUUGGAUAUGUUUUGGAAUAUAUCCCCUGAAAUCCCAUUAGGUUUACAUUUCAAAAGUUAAAAAUCACUUUUGAAGGUGCCUAAAAGUAUGCAUUGAUAAAUCUUUCUGCAUUUACUAAAAAAUAAAUCAUAGCAUACUUUUAGACACCCUUUUAAACCCACAAUCCCUUGAGAUACAAAGUAAUCCAUAUCAGAUAAAACCUUUUUGAAUAUUCUAAAUCAAGUCCUCAUCUGAUGAACCAGGUCGUGAGAACUGCGCCCACCCACGCACACCCAACCACACAACCAGACUAGAACUACACCACUAGGUCUUU